GGCGGGCGCUGACGGCCGUUCCCCGCCGCCCCGCUGAGGAGAGCGGCGCAGCGCCCGUUGUUUCGCGGCCGGCAUGUUUGUUCCUUGCGACCGUGGCGGUGGCGGCUCCGCCGGCUCCGACUUUAAAGGCUUCACUCUGCUCAUGCCAGCAGUGUCGGUGGGAAAUGUUGGUCAACUGGCAAUAGAUCUAGUGAUUUCCACGCUUGACAUGACUAAAGUUGGUUACUUUUACACUGAUUGCCUGGUGCCAAUGGUUGGAAAUAAUCCAUAUGCAACAGCAGAAGAAAAUUCAAUGGAGCUGAGUAUAAAUGCUGAAGUGUAUUCGUUACCUUCAAAGAAACUUGUAGUUCUGCAGAUCAGAUCACCUUUUAUAAAGAACAAGUACAGGCCAUUCUGUCAAACACUGCUUUCUUGGGUGAAAAGCAGCAAAUGUGCCAGAAUCGUUCUUCUGUCUAGCAGCCAUGCAUACCAGCGCGAUGAUGAGCAACUGCUUGGGACACCACUACGCUACCUACUUACACCUGAUCUUGAGAAAGCACUUGGAGGCCUUAUGCAGGAGCUAAGCUGGAAAGAAAUGGAAAAAGUAGCAGCUUACCCUGGAAUAAAUGAUACAGAAAAAGUUCUACAUAUUCCUGGAGGUGGCAUCACAAAACUAUUAUUUACUGAGAGCUGUUCAAAAGGAAUCCAAAUGGCAGUUCUUCUGAAAUUCUGCUCAGAAGGGGACAACAUCCCUGAUGCAUUUGCUCUUGUUAACUAUCUUAAUGAAUGGCUCCAGCUAAUUAAAAGUGAAAGCAACAAUUCCACAGAUACUUCUUCACAAUGGAAAAUACCAAGUUCUUGGCGCUUACUUUUUGGCAACGGUCUUCCACCUGCACUCUUCUGAUCAGUUUUGAAUUCUUCUGUAAGUCACAUGUGCAGUCUCAAACAUCCCUUGAGAAGGUGAUUACAUAGUCAUUGCCAAGCAACAGCAGCUUAAGUUGUUGUGUACAUAAAUUCUUUAUUUAAGAAAAAUUUCUUUCACAGAUGUGGGUAGCUAAAGAAAUUAAGGUAACUUUCACAAAUUGACCAAAGAAAUGUUUUGUACAGUUGUUUAGUGAAUAACUUUGGUUGAAAUUUUUUCUAAUAAAAUAUUUUUUAAAAAACCUU